GUCCCGUGACCGUCGUCUCCGAUUAGAAGCAAAGCAAAGCAACCAUUUUUGAAGAAGAAAGAAGAAGAAGAUACGGGAAACAAUGACACGCCUUUUCGUUUUUGUUUCUCUCUCUAAAUCUGCACGGUGUGAUGUGUAAACCUACCUAUACAUUGACAGGUGGUUUCUCUCUUUCUCACAUCUGUUCUUCUAACCCUCUGUAAAACCCUCACACCCAAUUUAUAGAUCUGACGACCUCCAAAUCUAUUUUCACACUCUGGGUCUUCCACAAAGAUGAAUUUUUCCAUCUCUUAGGGUUUUCGUAUCAAGAAUGUAACAAUGGAAGGAACUCAAGGCUUGAAUGGUUUAGAAAUUGGCUGUUCCAGUGACGGACGCCCUCCAAAUCCAACCACAGCUUCUUCGGCUUACAAGCAUUGUUUCGGCACCAACCAAUUCCUCUCUCCUUCUCCUUCUCCUUCUCCUUCUUCAAUUCGGCGCAAGAAAUCAUUGAUUCGUCAUGCUUCUAUGGUGAAGGCACGCGCAGGUAGUAUCCCAAUUGAUGACAGUGCAAAAGAGUUUGUUCCAGUUCUUCGUUCUGGAGCAUGGGAAGACAUUGGGUUUCGCUCGACCAUGGAGGAUGUGCAAAUUUGUGUGGACAACUUUAUGCGUGAUUAUGGGACUAGGAAUGUUGCUGAAGAACAGCCAAAUGCAUUCUAUGGGGUUUUUGAUGGACAUGGGGGAAAGCAUGCUGCUGAUUUUGCAUGCCACCAUUUGCCUAGGCUCAUUGUUGAGGAUGAAGACUUCCCACAUGAAAUUGAGAGGGCAGUUGCCGCAGCUUUUCUUCAGACAGACAAUGCUUUCUCCGAAGCUUGCUUGUUAAAUUCCGCUCUCGCUUCUGGAACAACCGCAUUGGCUGCUAUUGUUUUUGGAAGCUCAUUGACCGUGGCCAAUGCUGGAGAUUGUCGGGCAGUUCUUUGCCGACGUGGCAAAGCAAUUGCGAUGUCGAGGGAUCACAAGCCCUGUUGUUCCCAAGAGAGGAAACGAAUAGAAGCGUCCGGGGGCUAUAUUUAUGAUGGAUAUCUGAACGGACAGCUUAAUGUGGCUAGGGCAUUGGGAGACUGGCAUAUGGAUGGACUAAAGUCUCGGGCUGGUGGGCCCCUUAGUGGAGAACCGGAGUUCAUGAGUAGGAUUCUGACGGAGGAGGAUGAGUUCCUCAUAAUAGGUUGCGACGGAAUAUGGGAUGUUUUCAUGAGCCAAAAUGCGGUUGAUUUUGCUAGGAGGAGGCUUCAGGAGCAUAAUGAUCCUGCUUUGUGUAGCAAGGAUAUAGUAGAAGAGGCUAUGAAGAGGAAGAGUGGAGACAAUCUGGCUGUUGUGGUUGUUUGUUUCCAAACGCAUCCUCCGCCUAAUCUGGUGGAACCCAGAUCCAAGGUGCAACUUCAUCGAAGCAUUUCCGCCGAAGGAUUUAAAGAGUUGCAGGGCUUCUUGGAUACUUUCGAGACAAGAUGAUGAUGAUCAAGAUUUUUCCUUUUCUUUGAGUGUGUUUCCUAGGUUUCAUUUUGUUGGUUUUAGAUUUUCGGAGAGGUUUUGUUUGUUUCUAACUGUAAAAUAUACUGCGGAAGUUAGAACAUCCUGAUUUUGUUUUUCAGAAUAACGAUACAGGCUUAGAAUUUUAUUUUCUUUCAAUGAGGGUGUUUGAGCCGAUUUUUAGAUUUCA